GCAGAAGAAAAAGUGAGUGGAGAGAUUAGAUGACUUGUUAAUUUCUCCAGUACCCAUCAAAAAAUUAAAUGGGUCAGCAUCAAUCUGGGCCCGGUGGAACCGGUGGCGACAGAAAGGACGACAAGGACAAGAAGAAGAAAUACGAGCCACCCGUUCCAACGAGGGUGGGCAAGAAAAAGCGCAGGACAAAAGGACCGGACGCUGCUCUAAAGCUGCCUCAGGUCACUCCUCAUACAAGAUGCAGGCUGAAACUCUUAAAACUGGAGCGCAUCAAGGAUUAUCUCCUGAUGGAGGAGGAAUUCAUUAGGAACCAGGAGCGUCUAAAGCCACAGGAAGAGAAGAACGAAGAGGAGAGGUCCAAGGUUGACGAUUUGAGAGGGACACCUAUGUCCGUGGGAACGCUGGAGGAAAUCAUCGAUGACAAUCAUGCCAUUGUAUCUACUUCCGUAGGUUCAGAACACUAUGUUUCUAUUCUGUCCUUUGUCGACAAAGAUCAGCUGGAGCCAGGAUGUUCUGUUCUACUGAAUCACAAAGUUCACGCCGUUGUUGGGGUUUUGGGUGAUGAUACAGACCCAAUGGUCACUGUGAUGAAGUUGGAGAAGGCUCCGCAAGAAACUUAUGCUGACAUUGGAGGUCUUGAUGUACAAAUUCAAGAAAUCAAGGAAUCUGUCGAGCUUCCUAUGACUCAUCCAGAAUAUUAUGAAGAGAUGGGUAUUAAACCGCCAAAGGGUGUCAUUCUGUAUGGACCUCCUGGAACAGGCAAAACCCUGUUGGCUAAAGCCGUUGCUAAUCAAACAUCGGCAACUUUCCUCCGAGUUGUUGGAUCGGAACUUAUUCAAAAGUACUUGGGAGACGGGCCCAAGCUCGUCAGAGAACUGUUUAGAGUUGCAGAAGAACAUGCCCCAUCGAUUGUGUUUAUAGAUGAAAUCGACGCAGUUGGUACCAAAAGAUACGAUAGUAACAGCGGUGGUGAAAGAGAAAUUCAGAGAACCAUGCUGGAACUGCUAAAUCAAUUGGAUGGUUUUGAUAGCAGAGGAGACGUCAAAGUCGUUAUGGCAACUAAUAGAAUCGAAACACUGGAUCCUGCUCUAAUUAGACCUGGUCGUAUCGAUAGGAAAAUUGAAUUCCCAUUGCCGGAUGAAAAGACUAAGAAGAGAAUUUUCAAUAUACACACAAGUAGAAUGACUUUAGCUCCAGAUGUAAAUUUAACUGAGUUGAUCAUGGCAAAAGAUGAUUUAUCAGGAGCAGACAUCAAGGCAAUAUGUACUGAAGCUGGGUUAAUGGCGUUGAGAGAACGGCGAAUGAAAGUUACCAACGAAGACUUUAAAAAGUCAAAAGAAAGCGUAUUAUACAGAAAAAAAGAAGGGUCGCCAGAAGGUUUAUAUUUAUAAAAAAUGUAUUUUUUUUUUUUUUUUACUGAGGUUCCACAUCUUUCAGUGUUUAUUAGAUGUAAAUUAAAAAUAAAUAAUAAUAAUUGUGUUUUCCAAGUUAUGAACAUUUUUUUACCACCUAGUAACAAAUAUUUUGUAUGUGAGAAAAAAAAGUGAUAAUAUUGUGAAGAUCUACUGUUAAUGGCAAUACAUUUAUAACUCAAAUGAUUCAAACUAGUUAAAUUCUACGAUUAAUAAAAAAAUUAACACAA